CAUUGUCAUUGGUUGGUUUCUUGAGUUGGGUCCUUAUGUUAUUUAUAUACAUAUAUCUAUAUCUACUAUAUAUAUAAAGAUAGUGUAAUUAAUAUUUCAUAUUUGCAAGAGCUAAGGCAUUGUAUAAGAAAUGGGAUGGCUCCAUUCUUUCUUCUCUCCUUUGAAGAAACUAUGGUUUAGCGUCAAUUCUGCUCAAAAGAAGAGAAGAGGGAUAUACAUAUUAUACGAGGACGUGAAGUCAUGCCCAUACGAAGAUGUGCAUGUUUUGUGGUCUAUACUUGUGGAGUCUCACCCACACACUUUGCAAAUCAAACAAUGAUAAAUCCAUUUCAUUACUCUCUUUUUGGUUCAGAGGGUUCAUACACCGAAUGUUCAUGCUCGAGGUCAAAACGAAGAAGAUAAUUCUUAAUGGCAUGAUUCAUAUAUCUGUUUUCUCUCCUCACGUACUGUACAUAUAAUAUAAAUACACAGAGACUCUCUUUCCCAUAAGGUUCUUGCUCUCUCUCGCGAUAUGCAACUAUAUAUAGAUGUAUAAUGUACAUAUAUGAUUCUCUAGCUCUUGAGGUCAUAUACUUGAUAUUGGUAUAGAGCCGUGGUUAAUUAGACUUUUGAGGGGUCAUAGAUGAUUUCAAAUUUACCCUAUUAUAUGUAAAAAAAAUGAUUAGACAAUAAUAGAAUGAAAAAGAUAAAACUAGUAAUGAUG